AUGGUUUACGACGGGUUUGCUGUACGCAACAUCAUCUACAUUAUCGCUGUCAUGCAAACAGCCAUAGCUCCGCUAGCCUUUGUAUACCAUGUUUACUACCUCACCACCACGCAAUCCCUCUUUUCCACCCAUAUACCUAUAAUCGAUUCUUUAAUGGACAUAUGGCUCAAACUAGAGCUCAUCUUUUACAUAUACUUUCAAGUCACUUGGAAUAGGAUGCAAUCCUUGUUGCCACCUGUUAAACCUGGUCUCAAGGCGCGUCGGCGUUUAUUCCAUAAUACUAUCAACAACAUUACCGACAUAGAUGAUUGGAUCACAGGCUGGUUCCUGAAACCUAAUGGUCGUCCACCAUGCAUACAAGAAAUACGGCGUGAAAACCUUGCAGAAUGGGUAGCAUGGGCCUUUUUUGCAAAGCCUUUGGAAUCGGUCUUGGAAGAUGUUGAAGAAACAGACCAAGUGCAAUGGAUGACCGAUUCUUUGAUAAGCAAAUUUUGUCUGGAGCUGCAGCCAGGGUACGACGAAGACAUUCGUGCAUUACGUAUCACACUUGAUCCUGUACAAGCGUAUCAUCGACCUUUGGCAUUUUACAUUUGCAUGGCAACCAUCACAUUCAUGAUUCAUCACGUGUUGUUUGAGCGAUAUUGGCGAAUGCAGCGUUAUCAAUGUGGACACUUGUCGUACUGGCUACGAUCAGGUGGGGCCAACAAAUCUGACAACAAAAAGCCGAUCGUGUUUAUCCACGGCAUCGGACCCGGUUUCCUACCCUACAUAAAGUUCUUGUGUAACCUGCUACGACUGGAUGAUGGGGCAUCAGAUGUCUUUUGUGUCGAGUUACCACACGUAUCCAUGCGUUGUAUAGAGCAUGCACCAAGUAUGCAUCAGACCGUACGUGACUUGAGAUUCAUGCUAGCCUAUCAUGGAUAUCGAGAUGCUGUCUUUGUCGCCCACUCAUUGGGCACAGGCCUUGUGUCUUGGGUUUUACAACAUUCUCCAAAGACCGUUGCCUCCGUUGUCAUGCUCGAUCCCAUAUGCUUUAUGCUGCAUUACAAAGAUGUCUGCUAUAACUUUGUUUAUCGCAUACCAAAAACUGCAAGCGAGUACAUUGUCAAGUUCUUCGCGUCCACCGAACUAUACAUAUCUUAUUACAUCUCCCGCCACUUUCAUUGGUUCCAACUUGCACUCUAUGUGACGCCAUCGUACCUUGCAAAUAGCCCGUACGCUUCCACGACAACAAUCACCAUGCCACGCAACACUAAAAUCUUCCUUUCGGAGCACGACAAUAUCGUCCAUUCAGAUCGCGUGCAUGAUUAUCUAGUGACCAAUGCCAUUGAUUCCACUAUUAUGGAGGGGAUGGAUCAUGGAUGGUUCCUCUUAAGGUCGUCUUGGCAAUCUGAGAUUAUGGCUGCAAUCCAAGAAUUUGCAUCCAAUGUAUAG